AUGGCCACAAUCGCAGAUGACGACGACAGGCUACUGGUACGCAUUGGAUACACUCCAGUGCUACAAAGACAUUUCUCAAGAUGGUCUACUGUUUCAUAUGCCAUCUCAAUUCUAGGUGUAUUGGGCUCGGUACCUGCAACCUUCGGUGCCCCGAUGAGUUCAGGCGGACCAGCGACAGCAGUAUGGGCCUGGUUCAUUGGCAGUGUCAUGGCAUACUGCAUAGCCAGUUCAGUUGCCGAAUUGAUAUCCGCAUACCCAACCGCUGGAGGAAUGUACUAUGUCACAAAACAUGUUGUACCACCUGAGCACGUCGCAGCCUGGGCGUGGAUCAUUGGGUGGUGCAACUUCCUUGGUCAAGCAGCUGGCGUGGCAAGUCUGGCAUACACAAUCUCUCAGAUGAUACUGGCGACCGCCGUCAUGCAUACCCUAGACAAUGGGGAAGCUGCCUUUGAGCCGCAAGCAUAUCAGACUGUCCUUCUCGCCAUCUUCGUAUUGUGCAUGUUUGGCACAAUCUGCUCGUUCCCCACGAACUGGCUACAUCGCAUCAUUUUAUGGUUUGCACCUAUCAACAUCAUUGCAUCAAUCUGCAUCUGCAUCGCUCUUCUCAUCCUCACACCGAACAAACAAAGCCCGCAAUGGGUGUUUACGACAGUAAUGGACGGCUCGGGUUGGGGAAGCAAAGGAUUUUCCUUCCUUCUCGGUUUCCUCUCUGUUGCAUGGACAAUGACAGACUACGACGGCACAACACACAUGUCGGAAGAGACGCACGAUGCCGCUAUUCGUGGCCCUGUAGCGAUCCGAGCGGCGAUCCUCGUGUCCGGUGUCGUAGGAUGGAUGCUAACAGUCACCUUUUGCUUCUGCAUGUCAGACUACGACGAGAUUAUGGCGACACCGACUGGUCUUCCCGUCGCCCAGAUCUUCUUUAAUGCCGGUGGCAGAACAGGUGGAACCAUCAUGUGGUUCUUCGUCAUGUUGGUCCAAUUCUUCACCGGCUGUUCUGCCAUGUUGGCCAACGCGAGAAUGGCUUGGGCCUUUUCCCGCGAUGCAGCCUUCCCAUUCUCGGGUUUCUGGAGUAAGGUCAAUUCGUACACAGGCACCCCGGUCAAUGCAGUAUGGCUGGUUGUCAUCUUCUGCAGCUGUCUUGACUUAAUCGGAAUCGGAAGCACCCUCACCAUCACGGCUAUUUUCAACAUCACAGCACCUGCUCUGGACAUCAGUUACAUCGCAGUCAUCAUCGCACACCGAUGGUAUGAAAACACCGUCAUCUUCCAUCCUGGACCAUACACAAUGGGUAGAUGGAGCAAGCCGGUCAACGCGAUCGCAGUGACAUGGGUCAUCUUCAUUAGUGUUGUGCUGUUCUUCCCAACUGUGAAGCCAGUCAGAGCCGACAACAUGAAUUACGCUAUCUGCGUGGCAGCCUUCAUUGGCUUGUUCAGCACGGUCUGGUGGUACGCCGGUGCAAGGAAGAAGUACACUGGCCCACGCACAAGCGAUACCAUCGACAUGCUUCCACCAGAGGACCCAGAGGACAUUCUCAGCGACUACGACACCGUUUAG